AGCGUGCGACUAUUCUGCGGCACUUGCCGGGGCUCUUUCUGAUUAACUAAUCCACCCAAGUUACUCAGACUCAGCUUUCACCUCCAUUCACCGGAUCGUCUUCCAAUAUGGUUGCACGACACAGGAAUUUCCAGAAUAUGGAUUAUGAUAAUGACUUGGACGACGAUGCACUGUCAGACGGGGGGGAUGACUACAUCUCACCAGAGGAUCAAGCUCUGCUCAAUGAUGGGUUGGAUCGUGUUCGAGAUACGAUAGGCAACUUGGCUCAAUCUGGACUCACGGAUGCCUGGAUCAAGGAUGUCUUAUGGGACUGCAAUUUUGAAGUGGAGGAGACAGUCCAUUUUGCUAUUGAGGAGAUCGAAAAGAACCGGCUUGCCCAGGAACGUAAAGCCAGUAUGAAAGACCUCCCCCCGCUUCCUCCGGGAGAGAACGACCAGACAACUUCGCGCGAACUCGGCUACGGUGAAUACUCGCCACCUGUGUUCAAUCAGCACGGCUCCAUCGAAGAAGAGACAACCCCGCGCGAGCGCCGCACGAACCUUCCUCUCAUCGUUCUUGCUCAGCAGAAAUACGGAGGUGGAGGUGUGAUCGAGGAGGAGGAGGAACAUUCAAGCGGUCCAGUGAAGCGUAUCCUGAGCACGAUCAGCGAGAAGACGGAACGGACCGAGGUCUUGUCCCCAUUGUGGGCACCGGGUAACAUCGACCACCCGCGUCUCUCUCUACACACGCUCAAUCGGGUUUCGAGCUCGGUGGCUACGUCAUAUGGGGAGGCCGUGGAUCCUGAGGAGACGACAUUUGGCUCAUUGGACCCCGAUCUCAUCCCUCCGUCGCCUUCUGGAUCAGCGCUGCACAGGUUAUCAAUAUACGAACCUGCCCCAUCGUUGCCACCGUCUGAGGCAGACAGUAUGGAAAGCUCUGCUCUCUUUGGCUCCCGUCGACAUGCUCCCAGUGAGCCGGUUCCUCCCUUGGAUACCAUCCCGGAUAUUCCAGACAUGAAUUCCAAGUCUAGUCGGCCAGUGACGGUUAGUGCGUCACAGCCAGCAAAGAAGUCGAAGCUAGCGCAAUUGGCGAGCAGUCGGGCAUCUUCCUCGAAGAGCGCCAGGUCUGAGAGCUCUCAUACAAGCACGCCGGAAGACGUGGAGUCUGUUAAGACGUAUCCCAAUCUUCGACCAACUUCGCAGUCUAUUCGGCCACUCAGCACGGCUUUGACCACUUCUUCAAGCAUGUCAGCACACGUUCGACGGGCUAUUGCCACUGCGCUUGAAUUUGAGGCGGUCGAGCAGGAGGAUGGGGCCACCGUGAAAUCGGCUGUAACAGCUAAAUCUGGUGCUACCGGCAAGUCUGGUACCUCGGUCAAGUCCUCUGCAACAGCCAAAAGUGGCUCUACCAUCCGGCCUGUUCCACCGCCUGCGCCGAUUGCAUCGAAUAGCAGCAGCCCGUCCCAAAAGCCGCAGUCAAAGCUGGCUCUUCUCGCACAAGCAAACAAGGCUGCUCGUGCUGCUGCUACUGCUGGGAAGCAUCAAAUCGUGCCGACGACCCAGCCGACCUGGAAAGGACCUGUCUUGCCGGAGGAGCACACCGAAUACCUCACACCUAUCGCCAACGGCUCGAGUGUUACGACGGCCAUCACCACAUCGUAUCAAUCUCUGUACUCCCUGACAGACCCGGCGCGCCAGCCCAUGACGAAGGCGCCGUUCGUUGCGCCUCUGCCCAAUCCAGGGACAGAGAUUCCCAAACCCUCUAAAUUGGCUAUGAAGAUGAAAAAGAACCAAGAGAAACCCGUCCCCCAACCGGCUAUCGCCGAACCGCCGCCUCCCCCUGUCUCGCCCAUCUUCUCGCCCAAGCGCACCCGAUCACACGGGACUCCCUCGGCAUUCGGAGCACUGCUUGUUGAUGAGCAAGAGCCAGCGAAGCGCAGAAGCAAGGCCAAAACCAGAUCUGGCCCGCGACACACCGCCCAGAAGAUACCUGAUCUCUUUGCGUUGGCUGGGGACGUCUCGGCUUUUGAUGGCCCGAGUCCGGACGACAUCGUGCUCAAUGCUCGGCGCGACACGUCUCUGGCGAAGAAAGGCAGCGCAAUCGACGCGAAAGAGCGCGAGAAAGCGCAGAAGCAGGCGGCUGCGGCGGCUCGACCUGCACCCGCGACUCCAGGCAAGAAAACACUUGCGACCAAGACGAAUGCGCGUCCGACUGCGAGUGGUUCUUCGACCCCCAAAUCCAAAGCUCCAGUCGAUCAGAGAGAACUCGAUCUGUCUGGGCUGAACUUACUAACGAAAGAGGAGUACAAGACAGAGCCGGCGCCGAAAGUAAGCUUUGCUCGGGACAAGCUGUUGGAGCAAGCUGCCCAGUCGAUCGAGAAGCAAGAAAACGGCAAGAAGGCACUAAGUCUGGUUGUCAUCGGCCACGUGGAUGCUGGCAAAUCGACCCUGAUGGGACGGCUGUUGUAUGAAAGCGGGAAAAUGGACGAGAAGACUAAGACGGCCAAUGAACGUAACAGUGGCAAGGCAGGCAAGAGCAGUUUCAGCUGGGCAUGGGGACUGGAUGGCACGACAGAGGAACGAGAAAGGGGAAUCACUAUGGACAUCGCCGUCCAGUCCUUCUCCACACCACAUCGGCAAAUCACUGUGCUCGACGCUCCGGGCCACAAAGAAUUUGUGCCCAACAUGAUAUCCGGCGCCGCGCAGGCCGACUGCGCACUAUUGGUCGUCGACGCGUCCACUGGCGAAUUCGAGGCCGGUUUCGAGCGAGGUGGACAGACGCGCGAACAUCUGAUUCUUGCUCGCAGCCUCGGCGUCGCCCAAGUCACCGUGGCUGUGAACAAGCUCGACCAGGUCGAAUGGUCUCGUGAUCGGUUCGAGGAGAUCUGCGGGAUCCUUAAGCCGUUCUUGGUGCAGUCGGGCUUCCACCCGUCCAAGACGAGUUUUGUGCCGGUGGCUGCGAUGAUGGGCGUGAAUCUCGUCACAUGCGACCAGAACGAAGCGCAAGGGUUGGUCCAAUGGUACAAAGGCCCGACGCUCGUUGAUCUUCUCAACAAACUGGAACCUCCCAAACGGGAUCUGACUACGCCUGCGCGGAUUCCCGUUGCGAAUAUUUUCAAGGGCCAGGGAUCCGGCAUCUCGGUGUCCGGCCGGCUGCUGAGCGGUGUCGUUCAAGUGGGCGAGCGCUUGCGCAUCAUGCCGGGUGACGAGACGGGUGUCAUCAAAACGAUACAGGUCGAGGAGGAAACUGUGCCUUGGGCUGUCGCGGGGUCCAAUGUGACGCUGGCGCUGGUCAAUGUAGAUCCAAUCCAUUUGACUAUCGGGAGUGUGCUUUGCCCUCCGACCGAUUCCAUCCCGCUGGCCACGACGUUUACGGCCAAAGUCAUCAUCUUCGAUAUCACGGUCCCGAUCAUCACCGGUGCGAUGGUGGAGCUGUUCCACCACUCACACGAUGUUCCUGCGACUGUCUCCAAGCUCAUUGCUACGCUGGACAGGGUCUCGGGCAAGGUCAUCAAGGCGGGGCCUCGGGUGUUGAGCAAAGCAUCGUCUGCGGAAGUCCAGAUUACUCUGCGAGCACCGGCGCGCCCCAUCCCGCUCGAACCCUAUGCCGUCAAUAAGGCAAUGGGUCGGAUCCUUAUCCGGCGGGAAGCAGAGACGAUUGCAGCUGGUGUUGUUGUUGACAUCCUGGGUUGAAUAUUAUCGAUCAUUUAUGCAGAUCUUAUGCCUCAGUUCAAUAUCUAAUCUUCACACGAGUACGGGGCUUCACUCUCAGCAGUUAUCCAUCCAGAGUGUAGCAAGUAUAGAAGACGACAUGUAGUACCAGCCAUAAACAAAACAGAAAUCACUUUUUCUCCUCCUUGUCCUUAUCCGAGAACAGACCCUUCAACUUGCCGAAGAUCGAGUGCCGCUUUUUUCGGGCGCUGGCUGUCGUACCGAACUUGCCAGAUCCCGACGGUGAGGAGGAUACCGAGCUCGGGCUCCCAGCCGCAGGGAACGCGUGGUUCUUCUUCGCAGGCGUCGUCGGUGUGCUCGCCGGGGUCGCUUGAGGCGAUGGAGUGCCCGUUUUGGGUGUCGAAGGGGCCGCAGGGGAGGCCGCCGGCGCGGUUGUUUCUGUCACGGGUGCUGCGGUCGUCGUCGGUGCGGCUGUCGGCUCGGGAAUCGCCUGUGUAGCCUCUGGCACUGGUGGUUCGGCAGCCGUGAGCUCGGGUUCGUUCGUAACAACGCCGUUUGCCGGGGAGGCAGGCACAGCGGUCGUGAUCGGCUCGGCGGCAGCGGGCGCGGCGGCAGUCUCGGGAAUACUGUCUGCGGUAGAGGCAGGAACAGCAGUGGUGAUUGGCUCGGUCGCAGGCGUCGAUCCAGCCACGGGCUCGGCUGCAAGGGAUUUGACGUCCUGAACGGCUGCCUCUUCCGUCACAAUCGGCUCAGGGAUCACUGGUGUGACCUCUGGUGCUGCGUGUUCGGACGAGCCAUUUGGUGUGGAUGCAGGGACAGCGGUCGUAAUCGGCUCCUCCGCCGCAGACGUAGCGGGGGCGACCUCGUCUGAGGGCAACUUGACCUCGCCGUUUUCUUCUACAGGAAGCUAGACAGGCGCAUAAACUUAGAUGCAGUCGAAACGGAGUACAGUGCUCUUUUCACAUACCUUGGCCGCGUUUAUAGGAUCCACUCCCAUGUGGGUCUCAAUCACCGCGCCCAGCGCCGACGCAAUGUAGCCUAACGCAGAGGACGUGCCCUCCUGGGCCGUGAGCGUGUCCACCACAUCCGCAAUCGUCGUCGUCGUCGUCGGGGCGGCAGCGGCGGCAUCUCCGUUCUCCGCCGCUCCCGCCGGCCCUGCGCCGACAGGCUCAGGCUCCGACUUCAGCGCUGGUGCGACCACGGGUUGCGUGGCCGGCACUGCGGCGGGCUUUGCAGGUGCAACAUAGACAUUGUUGACGUUGCCCGACGCAUCCGCCUCCGUCGGUGCUGCCGCGUCACACACCCACUGCGAGUCGACGACAAACUUGAACAGGAUGCGCUCGCCCCAUGGGACCCGCGUGGACCCGGUGAAGCCGCCCGCGCCCGUGUCCUUGGUGAGGUGCAGCGAGGAGGACCACUGGUCGAACGUGCCGGUCACUAGCGAGCGAGAAGUCGAAGAGGAAGGAUACGUGGAAGAUUAGAUUUGGCUUGCUGAUGGGGAGUAGCAUAGGAGCGUACCGAUGACGGAGGCGGGUUCCGUGGAAGGCCAAGUGAAGUGCACCACAUGCGAAUCGUCGACCAUAGCCUACAAUUGUGGAAUGGAACAAAAAAAGUUCAACGGCACGAUUUCCACGGCUUGUCGAACAGCAAGUUUCGCCGAAGCUCCGCUCGACCAACCAGCGCUCGACGCGAUCACGUGGUAUGACGGAUUUCCAUUUCGCACGAUCGGAAACAGUGUUUGAUUGGUGGGAAGGAUAGCGAUGAUAACAAGCAGGACGAUCAUCUCAGGAGCGACACUACACUUCAAGUGUCUCUGUGUCGGAAAGGAUAUGGGGACGGAAGCCGUCCGAGCGUCUCGGCUUUAACAUAUCGGAUUGGCCCAAAUCUGCAGCCAAGCGCUUGAGAACCAGGAUUCGAAGGAAACAAAGACGGAACGGAACGCACAUGUCGGACGUCGGAG